GGGAAGGAGUUUACAAUAUAGGCUCUUGGAUAAUUAGCAGAAAAAACAGCUUGAUUCUAGAAAGGAAGGAGAUACAAGACAAAAAAUUCCUCAUUGUGAUCUGCAAGUGAAUUCCAUGGAUCCUCGACUUUGGAACAACCACCAGUAGACAGAAGAUGGAGCUGGGAAAGGCAAAGCUGCUGAGAACAGGCCUCAAUGCUUUAUAUCAGGCCAUCCACCCUGUGCACGGAAUUGCCUGGACAGAUGGGAAGCAAGUGAUGCUGACUGCUUUAUACUAUCAUAACAGAGAGCUGAAGUUUGGAGACUCAAGUGUUGUUGGUCAAUUUGAACACGUUCAUGGGCUUUACUGGAGCCCGUGUUGUUCUAUAGACACCCCAGCUCUGCUCGCUGUUCAACAUAAAAAGCACGUCAGCGUUUGGCAGCUGGGCUACAGCACUGCGGAGAAGAACAAACCCUUGAUUUCUCAGACGUGUGAGGUCGGUGAGCCGUUUCCACUGCUUUCUCAGGGCUGUGUUUGGCAUCCAAAGAAGGAGGUCUUGGCUGUGCUUACGAAAAGAGAUGCUUCAGUCUUGCACGCUGUUCGUACUGACAAUACCAGAGUUAAGGCAGAUAUCAAAAGCAGUGGCCUUAUCCACUGUGCUUCCUGGACUAAGGAUGGGAAUCGUUUAGUGAUUGCUAUAGGCAGUGCCCUGCAUUCCUACAUAUGGGAUGAUGCUCAGAAGACUCUAAAUACCUGCUCCUUUUGCCCAGUCUUUGAUGUAGGAGGCUAUAUCUGUGCUAUAGAUGCCACGCUGGAUUUCCAAAUUGCUGUAGCUACUGAGCUUCCAUUAGAUAAUAUCUGUGGUUUGAAUGCGGGCAUUGCAUUCGAUAUGCCGUCUGGUACGGAACCUAGUUCUUCAACCUCACCAUCUGCUCGGGUGCUUGGUGAUGAGGAAUACUCCAUGGACGUGAGGAGAAAGUCCACAGAUUCCGAUAAAUCGGGUGUCGAUUCAGUUGCUUCUUCUUCGUCAGGACCUGUAGAUUUGACCCAUAUCCUUGCAAACCACCGUCGGUCUGAUCCCGGACCUCUUAUUACUCUGAAACGCAAAGACUCUGCAGCAACAAAUGGUCAAGAUUCUUCUCACUUGAUCUUGGUGACUUUUGAGAGGAAGGUAACCACCACCAGGAAAGUCACCAUCCCAGGUAUUCUGGUUCCUGAUAUAAUGGCUUUUGACCUUAGAGCUCAGAUUGUGGCAGUAGCCUCCAAUACUUCUAACAUUGUGUUGGUGUAUUCAGUAACCUCUUCUUGCAUGCCUCAUAUUCAACAAAUCCAACUGGAAAAAAAUGAAAGACCAAAGGGCUUAUGCUUUUUGACGGAUAAGCUCCUGUUGAUUCUGAUUGGCAAGCAAAAGUUCCCUGAGCCUAGUCCUAUUUUGUCUUCAAGUUCAGACAGGUAUGUAAUGCGUCUAAUGAUCAAAGAAUUGAUGCUGGACGAAGAUUCUUCAGCAUUGCCUGAGACUAAGCAGAAUAUGUUGUGUAACUUCGAAUCUUCUGUUAAUAUACCUGGAAAAAGAAAGUUCUUCGAAAAUCUUGCUACAGAAGACCAACCUCAGAGCAGGGAGCUGCUAAUACCAAGAAGCACAGUGAUUCAGUCUCCUAGUGGCAGGAGAAGACUCAUCGAAGAAGUAAAGAGCCCUAGUUAUGAGCAGAGCUCUUCAUCAAGUGUGAGUGAGCCGGAUGAAAAAAGGAUCCCUGGUGACCCCUCAGUGGCCUUGGAAAUAUUGGAUGCUGAACCCACCAACCGUUCCGUGUCUGUUCCGGGCUUUGGAACACAUACCAGGCUUUCCAGCAGACCAGCUUCCCCUAAAGUGCAGUUCAACGUGAUCCAAGAAACAUCAAGUUCACUUAAAAACAACAAUUUGCCAAGUGAAAGAGGAGUGAGUCACAUAUCUAGAAAUUUAGAGAGACUUUGUGGCAGCUUCAAUGAGUUACAACUGAGUCUUUCUGAAAUAACAGACCUGGCUAAAAAUGGGAGGAGGAUAUCAUUAACCUAUCCGUGUUCACAGGAACCACCCGUCCUUCAUAUCACUUACCAGAAAAGCUUUUCAAAUGGAGCAGUUACCGAAGAAACAAAAGAUGUUCUCCUCUGCGAUGGCAAGAUCCACUUGAACUUAGUCCAGCAGCUCUUUGAUCUGCCUGUUAUUGAAAUGAAACAUGGCUCUUCUUGGAUCGUGCUCACUGCAGACAAGGACGGCUUUGUGCCAUUAAUAUUCAAAGCAACACAAGAGAUAAUCAUAAGGGAUGGAACUGACAGUUCAGAAGUCUGUGGAGGCCACUCCUACAAAAAAAGCAUCUCAAUGCGGCCACCAAGCAGCGUGACAUAAUUUCUGAACAAAGAACACUACUGACCUUUUCUUCUCACACAAUACCGAGACAUUCUGCAGGGUCAGAAAUCAAGUGACUAGAAAGCUGUCUUCACUACUUUCAGUGUAUUUUAACUGUAAAAUCUGUGGCAUGGUUACACUAUAGCUAAAUCCUAAGGUUGGCUGGACCCUCAUGAUUUCUUCUGAAGGAUCAGACCUAGAGGGAGGUUGACCACAGCUCUUGUUAUUUAUGGACUGGAGCAGAGAGACUUGUCUCUUCUUUAAUUGAGGCCAGGAUGUUCUUGGAAAAACAAUAUUAUGCUAAAAAUCAUGCAAUAACAACAAAUCUAGCUAAUACAGGUGUGCAGUCCGCGCAAAAGCUGAAGAAAAUACAACUAAAAAGCAUCUAUAUUCAUUAAGGAAAAGCGGGAAAGGAAAAAAGAGGAACACUGCUUCAGGCUCUCUUUGCGGCUCCAGUUGGAUCCAUGGAAACCUGCAAUGUUUUCAGAAAUGCUUAAUUUUUAUAUAUGAAAAUGUUCAAUCACAUUAAAGGUUGCAUCACCGUCUCCUGUCAAUGUCUUACACAGCACACAGAUUUAUAUAUGCACACAGGAGAGAAAGAAAAAUCCUUGCAAGCUAAAUUAAAGAUCAAAGGCAUUGAACGUCAACUUCAUUUGACUAAAUGCAGGUGUCUACACUGAACUUGUCGUCUAGACUCCUGUACGAUCAGCCAAAAAAAGAAAAGCACUUUUAGAGCAGAUUACUCAUGCCCUAACAUAGAUUUCUAAAACUGCUCGUGGUGAACCACCCCUAUUAAGCAAGUAAAUAAGUGCCUGUUACUUUCCACUGACUGCAAACGCAAGCUGGGGUGACUAGUUUCAGUACAAACAUUCACAUUUAGUCAGAGGAACCUCACCCUCAGAGGCAAGAGGUGAUACAGAUACAUCUGAGCAGCAGGCGGACAGAUUCAUGGAAGUGAAACCAUCAUGAUUAUCGUGACAGAAAAAGGCAUAAGAACUGAAAGAAUUCCCUGACUUUUCUUCCUUGAAAUGCAAAGAGAUGGGUGAAGCGACCUGAGUAGCCAUGUGUGUGAGGCCUGGCGUGUUGCACUGCCGGACAGGCCCCCGCAGACAUGUCUGCUUCACCCUGCAUGUUCAGGGAAACAUAGAAGGGAUGAGACUUAUUUAAGCUAUUUUUAAGACUUAUUUUGCAUACUGCGCACUUGGGGUCUUGUUAAUACUCCUGGAGAGUCAUUUUUUCCCUGCCUGGGAACUAUGGCAAGCCUGUUUAUAGGGCACAGAUAUGCUAAAAUCCAGCUACGAUACUUCACACCAAGGCUGGAUGGAGAAGGCAGAUCUAUGGUCUGGAGGCACUUAAUGGGUUCGGAAGGUUGGCAUUAGUACCAUUCCAGGGAUGCAGCACAAAAUCACAUUAGGAACAGUUUUGAUUCCUGAAAUAAGGAAACAGUUUGAAUUCAUUGAAUUGAAUAACGUCCUUCUCACGCAAGUCUCCCCCCAAAGACAAAGGAAUAAUCGUUCUAAAUUGCCUACAACCACAGGUAUGCAACGUAGCUGAGUACAGUUGUACCACCUUGUUCACGAAGAUCUUUUUGAGCAGCCCCGAGGAGCAUUCCAGUUUGUAAAAAACAAACAAACAAAAACCAAACAAAAAAAACACAACAACAACAACAACAAAAAACAAUAAACCACCAACAAAAAAACUGCAACAACAAAAAUCUGAACUUCUAAGUAUUGAACACAACUAUUACUUUACAGUUAUUUGAUUGCUUGGAUUGCCUGCUACUUUGCAUUAAAAUUGUGUUCAAAUGUGUAUUUGUAUUAUUACCGCUAUAAAAUUGGGGUGAAGUUGUGCUUUA